AAGGGCAAAUUGGGUUAUUCAGUAAAAUUUAUGGGCGCUUGAAAAUUAAAAACGGCGAGAUUAACGGUCAUAUUUCUGGAUGAGUGAGUGAUGGGUUUGGGUGGGGGCCAACAAGAUGAAGAAAUGGUAGGAAGCGAUUCGACCGCUGUUGUCUUCUUCAGAUUGAAGAGGGAAGACUGUAAGCGCACCAAACACGAUCUUGUAUUCUCCCAGUGGAAGAUUCUGGUAGGCCCUUGUGAUUGGGAAGAUUAUUCACUAGGAAAGGAUGGUGCUGAAAGGUAUAGGGUUCAUAACCUCCCUAUGAUAUCAACUCCAGGAUUAUAUGAACUUGCCAUCGCCGUAUCUCACACCGGUCUAGGCCGUAACAUUGCAAAGCUUGAUCCUGAACGCAUAGUUGUGGUUUACCUUGGACACGCUGAGAAUGUGAGGACACGGCUUCAGCGUUAUGGCCGUACAGGUUCACAUUUGGGCACUUGCUGCUCAACUGCUUACCCGACACUCUCUCUUCACAAGGGACCUGGAUUGUUUGACGAUAUUUUGUCGAGAGGAUACCCAAUUGUGUUUAGAUGGGCACCUAUGCAAAGUAAAAGCGAUGCACAGAAAACAGAGACUCUGUUGCUUAACACAUUUGACUAUGCAUGGAACACAAGCAUUAAUGGUUCACGACGCCCUGAUGAAAUCCUUGAGAAACUGAAGAAAAUUUCUUCAAGCAGUAAUCGUUUCCCUGCUGUUGUCCGAAGGCUUUUACCUUUGAGUCAGAGGCAAGUGGGCAUUAGGAUCAAAGCAGGCAAAUUGCUUGCAACAGAGAACAACUCCAAUCCUUGUGCUGAUGAGGAGAGACCCAAUAUCCUCUCUCGAGUUUUCAAGUUUGGCAGGUCACGGCCUCGUUCAGUACUGGACACGAGUGGCAUUACUCAGGGGAAUACUGUCAUCUGUGGAGUGGCUUUGACCCACGAUUCAGUUUGUACAAGAGCACCAGUUGAAGGAAGAAAGAGGUGUGCUGAACACAAAGGGGUGAAGAUCAAUGGGUUGAUUACAGUCAGGAUAUCAAAUUCAAAUAGCAUCUAUGGCUCACAAUAUGGUGUUAUUGACAGCACAAAGUCUGAUGGACAUGGCAAAUCAGGCUUCAGGAAUGACACAGUUACAGUCGAGUUUCAUGGCAGCAAGAGCUUGGGUCCUAUCUGUGGAUUCACCUUGACUGAUGGUUCUCCUUGUAGAAGGCAGGCUGUUCCAGGUAAUAAAAGGUGUGAUGAACAUAAAGGGAGAAGAAUUAGGAAAUCCAAUUCCCGAUUGGUGUCAACUGAGGAAAAACCACUCUACGUUCCUGAUGUUUUUGAAUCAAAUUGUGGUGACACUUCAGAAUACGACAACAAUUCAGCUGCAAUAUGUAAUCAUGGAAGAUUGGAGGAUGAAGUUUUGUCAAGCAGAAUCAACCAGAACAAGAAUGGCAUAGGUGUUGUUACAUGUGGAGCAACUACAAAAAACGGAUCUGCGUGCAAAAGAAAACAAGUAGAAGGAAAUAAAAGGUGCUGGCAGCAUAGAGGCAUGAGGGCUGGUACUUGUUAUUAAUCCUUGAAUGGAUUUGAAAAAAGAACAGGUACAGUGAACUGUAGAGUUACAUUGCAGGACGGGUCCUUCUGUAUGAGAAUUCCUGCUCGUGGAAGGAAGAGGUGCGAGCAGCAUGGUGGAAGAAGACUGAUAAUAAAAAUUAUUUUUAUAUGUGUAUAAUUAGAGAUACGGGAUUUUUGCAGAUUGCAAUGUAUUGCUAGUUGUGCCUGAUAAGUUAUGUUUAGGGAUUGUAUGUUGUAUCUCUUAUUAAAUGUAUGUUGUAUGUGUAUUUGGCAUUGGCAUAGGCAUAGGCAUAGAUAUCGUAAUGUAGACAAACUUUGUUGAUUUGUUUUAUUUUGGUAAGAAACUUUGUUCU